GGCGUCCCCCCCGCCAGAGAAGGACUUUCUUACACAAUAACAUCUUGGAGGACGCAUUGAUUUCAUAAACUAAGAUAUUGAAGAGAAGAAGAGGAAUUUCCCAGAAGUACCCGGGGCAUCCUGGGCAGAAACCCAAAUUCAAGCAAGAAAACAGAAUUGAAAAAUCAAGUCGGUAGGAAUGGAUGUCAAAUGAAAGAACCCAUGGAAGAGAGAAACCACAUAAAAACAUGUUACCUCAGUAGACAUCAAAUAACUCAAGUAGGAGAGGAACUGUAUCCAAGUAUGGAAUGUGGAAAGAGCUUCAGUCAGAAUAAUCAUCUUAAAUUACAUCAAAGAACUCACACUGGGGAGAAACCAUAUAAAUGCAUGGAAUGUGGGAAAAGCUUUAUUUCAAGUGGUGAACUUAGAUCACAUGAAAGAAUUCACACUGGGGAGAAGCCAUAUCAAUGCAUAGAAUGUGGAAAGAGCUUCAGUCAGAAUAAUCAUCUUAAAUUACAUCAAAGAACUCACACUGGGGAGAAACCACAUAAAUGCAUGGAAUGUGGGAAAAGCUUUAUUUCAAGUGGUGAACUUAGAUCACAUGAAAGAAUUCACACUGGGGAGAAACCAUAUAAAUGCAUGGAAUGUGGAAAAAGCUUCAGUAACAGUAGUAACCUCAGGUUACAUGAAAGAAUUCACACUGGAGAGAAACCACAUAAAUGCAUAGAAUGUGGAAAAAGCUUCAGUAACAGUAGUAACCUCAGGUUACAUGAAAGAAUUCACACUGGAGAGAAACCACAUAAAUGCAUAGAAUGUGGAAAAAGCUUCAGUAACAGUAGUAACCUCAGGUUACAUGAAAGAAUUCACACUGGAGAGAAACCACAUAAAUGCAUAGAAUGUGGAAAAAGCUUCAGUAACAGUAGUAACCUCAGGUUACAUGAAAGAAUUCACACUGGAGAGAAACCACAUAAAUGCAUAGAAUGUGGAAAAAGCUUCAGUAACAGUAGUAACCUCAGGUUACAUGAAAGAAUUCACACUGGAGAGAAACCACAUAAAUGCAUAGAAUGUGGAAAAAACUUUAGUCUGAGUUCUACCCUCCGGUUUCAUCAAAGAAUUCACACUGGAGAGAAACCACAUAAAUGCAUAGAAUGUGGAAAAAGCUUCAGUAACAGUAGUAACCUCAGGUUACAUCAAAGGACUCACACUGGGGAGAAGCCAUAUAAAUGCAUGGAAUGUAGAAAGAGCUUUAGUCGGAUUGGUAACCUUAGGUCACAUCAAAGGACUCACAGUGGGGACAAACCUUAUAAAUGCAUGGAAUGUGGAAUUAGUUUUAGUCAGAGUGGUGAUCUUAGAUUACAUCAAAGGACUCACAUGGGGGAGUAACUGCAUAAAUGCAUGGAAUGUGGAAAAAGCUUCAGUAACAGUAGUAACCUCAGGUUACAUCAAAGGACUCACACUGGGGAGAAGCCAUAUAAAUGCAUGGAAUGUGGAAAGAGCUUUAGUCGGAGUUCUACCCUCAGGUCACAUGAAAGAACUCACACUGGGGAGAAACCACAUAAAUAUAUGGAAUGUGGAAAAAGCUUCAGUAAGGGCAGUAAUCUCUGGUUACACCGAAUAACUCAUACUGGGGUGAAGCCAUAUAAAUGCAUGGAAUGUGGAAAAAGCUUCAGUAACGGCAGUAAUCUCUGGUUACACCAAAUAACUCAUACUGGGGUGAAGCCAUAUAAAUGCAUAGCAUGUGGAAAAGGCUUUAGUCUGAGUUCUGCCCUCAGGUUACAUGAAAGAAUUCACACUGGGGAGAAACCACAUAAAUGCAUGGAAUGUGGAAAGAGCUUCAAUCUGAGUUCUACCCUCAGGUUACAUGAAAGAAUUCACAAUGGAGAGAAACCACAUAAAUGUGUGGAAUGUGGAAAAAGCUUCACUCAGAGUAGUAAUCUUAGGUUACAUCAAAGAAUUCACACUGGGGAGAAACCACACAAAUGCAUGGAAUGUGGAAAGAGCUUUAUUUCAAGUGGUGAACUUAGGUCACAUGAAAGAAUUCACACUGGAGAGAAACCACAUAAAUGCAUGGAAUGUGGAAAGAGCUUCACUAAGAAUGGUCAUCUUAAGAUACAUCAAAUAACACACUGGAGAGAAAUCACUUAAAUGCGUGGAAUGUGGAAAAAGUUUCAGUGAGAAUAGUAAACAGGUUACAUCAAAGAAUUCACACUGGAGAGUAACCACAUAAAUGCAUGAAAUGUGCAAAUGGCUUCAGUGAGAGCAAUAACCUUAAAGGUAAAGGUAAAGGUUCCCUUGACAAUUGUAUCCUGUUGUGUCCGACUACAUCACUGUUUCCAAGCUGUAGAGCCAUUAUUUUUCUGUAGACACUUUGUUUCUACAGACAAAGCUUUAGUCAAGUGUGGUAACCUUAGAUCAGUGGUCAGGGAACAGGGGUAAAUUGCCCUAAAUUGGGUAAAAAUGAAAAUCCUGGGGGUAAUGAGGCAGCAUGACUGUCUUCAUUACCCCCAGGUAUUUUAUUUCUGGUGAUGCUGUGUGCAGGCGGGGAUUCUAUUACAGGGAGAACAAGCCCCAGUGAGGAACUGCACGGGUCACCUGCCUCCCCUCCUCGCCUCCAAAGUGGGGGGAGGACAGUUCACCAGGCCAGCUGGACUCUUUCCCCGACGGAGCCUUGGCCGGGGCUCUCCUUCCUGCCCACACCCACCCGUCUGGUGCGCUGGCGAGGAGGACCCCUCCCUACCAUGCCUCACCUGAGCUUAUGGCCAGUGGACCUGCCAGACCUGUGGCACCCGCCUCCCCUUUCCAAGGAUGUGGUUUCCCAGCAGUGUGGCAGCUCCAGACUGGCUGCCUGGGCGGCAGCCACAAGUCCUGGACGAGCGUGGUGGGGGGUCUCAGCUGUGGACAGCGAGAGCGGAGGGGCAGU